GACCAGAUGUCCCGCUUUGUGCGGGACAGUCACGCAAUUUCAUUACUUUUCAUGCGUCCCGCAAAUUGAGACGCUGUCCCGCAUUAGUGACAAUCAGACUCCAGUUUUAAAAUGCGUGUUUUGUAAUCUGGCAUGUGUGGGGAAAGCAGUGAAGGCUGUCAGCAGGGGGCGGGGCGCCGGGGGCGGGCUGUUUCAUCAUGUCAAUCAAACGGGAACGCGGACGCGGGUUAAGGGCACGCCCACCAACACAAACCAAUGCAAAUCAGGUUAGAACAGCGCCGGCGUGCAGCACGAGAUGGAGGAAAGGGAGGUAAGCGCGACGCGCACAGCUAAAAAGCGAAAAUGCAGCUACAACAAAGACUGGGAAACUAUCUACCCCUGGGUGAAACCAGUGCAAGGCGAGUCUGGUAAAGUUUUGUGUGAAGUUUGCUUGAGUCAUUUUUCCGUUUCACACGGAGGUGAAUACGACGUGAAACGACACAGACAGUGCGAGACUCACAAAAAGCGUGUUGCUCAGAAGGAGGUUUCCCAGUCCAUGCAUACGUUCCUGCUAAAACCCAAACAAGAUUCAAACGUAGAUAAAGUAACAGCAGCUGAACUAACUAGCGUUUACCACACUGUGAAACACUCCCUGUCAUACAGGUCAGAAGACUGUGGUAAUAAGCUAACAUCGGCCAUCUUUCCAGACUCUGAGAUUGCAAAGAAAAUGUCAUGUGGUCGUACAAAGGCAGCAUCCUUAGUUACAGAUGUGCUUGCACCUGCCUCUGUGGAGAGUUGUUUAAGAGAAUUAAAAACGCCUGUGGUUCAAGAACUCACAGGUGAUAAAAAAGCCCACACGCCAUUUUUUUCAGUGGCUUCAGAUGCAUCUAAUCAUGGCACCACAAAACUCUUCCCACUGUCUUUGAGAUAUUGGACACCAAAGCUGGGUUUGAAAAGCAAGAUCCUUGACUUUUAUGAAGAUAGCCAUGAGUCAGCUGCUACCAUACACUGCCAGAUUACAAGCAAGCUAGAGGAAAAUGGCCUGCAACUGGACAUGAUUUCAGCUUACACUGCUGAUAAUGCUAGUGUAAACUACGGGAAAAACAAUUCUGUUUUCCAAAAGCUAAAGGCAGACAACAGUGGCAUCAUCAAAGCAAACUGUGUGGCCCACAUAGUACACAACUGUGCAAAGCAUGCUGGAGACAUGCUGAAUGUUGACAUUGACUCUGUAGUGAACAAAAUAUUCAGUCACUUUUCAGUGUCUGCACAGCGCACAGAGGAAUUGAAAGAAGUGUUUGCCUUUGUGGAAGAAGAUUAUCAUGUUGUACGAAGACAUGUACCCACAAGAUGGUUAAGUCUGUGGCCUGCUGUCCAGAGGCUACAUGACAGCUGGGCAGCUAUCAAGAGCUAUUUCUUGUCACUUGGAGAGAAUCAGUGCCCAAAAGCACUGUGGAAGCUGUUAAAAACAGAUCAGGAUGGUGAGGGGCAACCCCUUGAGCUACAGGCCUACCUGGCUUUCCUCAAUAACAUACUGAAGAUCUUCCAUGAUGUUGUGCUGCUGUUGGAGGGACAGGAUGGGACCGUCUGUGAGCUGUAUGACAUAAUGCUCACUCUCAAGACAAAGCUCCAACAGCGACAAAUUGAUUGUUUCUUUGGAAUGGAGACCAGUGCUAUUCUCCAACAGUUUCCAGACCAAAAAGCAGCAACAAUCAAACAUGAUUUUUCCAACUUCAAGACGGCACUCAACUACCUGGAAAAAUGGUACGACUUCACAGACAACAACUACCAGAAGAAUGUUAGAUGCUUGGCACUGAAGAGCAGCUUUACAUUCUCCCAGCUCAGUGAUGCCGUGGAGGUCCUACAGAUAGGGUCGAAACUGGAUAUGGAUGAACUCUAUGAGGAGUACUGCGUGACUCUGCCACGCCAGCAGGAAAUUGUGGAGAGAAAAGCUCCUGUCGUGGAGAAGUGGGCACUUUUGCUUAAAAGCACAAAAACACCAAAUCUGACUGCUGUUGCAUCCUUUCUCUUCAGCAUUCCCAUCACCAAUGCUUCUGUAGAGAGAGUGUUUUCCCUUGUAACUGCAGCAUGGACUGACCAGAGGAACCGUUGCUCUGUGGAGCUUAUCAAGAGUGAAAUUCAAGUCAAGACCAACUUUGAAUACAGUUGUAAGGAAUUCUACAGCUUUGCACUUAAGCAGAAGGCCUUAUUAGAAGCUGCACGCUCAAGCAAAAAGUAUAAAGCCAAGAGGAACAUCUAAGGUGCCUUCUCUGGUGCUGAGAGUGCAUUGUCUGUGUGGGCCCAGCCUGUCUGCAGUUGUUGGUGUGAUAGAGAAAACUGAAAGACUUUUGAUGGACAGAACUAAAAAAAACAAACAAAAAAAUUCAGCCAGGUGUUCUCCUUGAUGCUGAAAGAGCAGUGAUUGUGUUACUAUAAUGGACAAAACUGAACAAAAAAGUAUUAUUUAAUAUACCUUUUUUUUUCCUCCUGACCAAAUUUAAUGUGUAUUUCUAAUUUUAUUUAUUUUAUACCCAGUGGUGCCUUUAGUUGGCAUUUUCCAGUAAAUGCAGAUCAUUUUCAAAUGCAUUUAUUUUGUGUAGCCCAUUCAAGUGAUUCUCAUUUGAGUGAGUUUUUUCUUGUUCAGAUAAUCAGCCUCUGUAAUACACGUGGCCUAAUCCAGUACAUAUGUGGUUCAGUAUAUUAUUCUACUAGAAAAAAAAGCACUUUAAUGUGGUGUUUGGAGUCGUGCAGGAGUUGUGUUGUUGCUCUGUGUUGUUAGAGAAAAUGCAGGAAACCCAUACCCUUAAUAAAGCACAUUAAAGAAC